UUGCCACAGCCCUCCGAAUUUCUGAAGUCUUCCGCAGACAUGGAGAAGACUUCGCUCAUUCCAGGAGUCAGAGACUUCUACCUUCUGCUGGUUCUGCCAAUCGCAGCUUAUUGGAUCAGUGCCAGCCUUUUCCACUUGCUCGAUUGCCGAAGAUGGUUUCAAGCUUGCAAGAUUCAUUCCUACGAGGCCGGAAAGCAACGCAACAAAGCGACCCUUCGUCAGGUAUUUCGUCAAGUUCUUGCCCAGCAAGCAAUUCAGGUGAUGUUUGCACUGGUCAGUUACGCGGAGCACCCAGCUCUGGAUGCCGGCUCGAGAAACGUGCUGAAUCCGAGUGCUGCACCAGCACUGCACAAGGGCGUGGAGCUGACCCUGCGAUUCAUCAUUGCCAUUGUCAUUGCAGACUUUUGGCAAUAUGCUUGGCAUCGAGUAUUCCACAGCAGCAGGUUUCUAUACAAGUACGUGCACUCGGUGCAUCAUCGGCUGUACGUGCCUUAUUCUUUUGGCGCGCUCUACAGUAGCCUGGCGGAAGCUUUCGUCGUGGACACGAUAGGAACCACGGUCACCUUCUACCUCAGUGGUCUCCCUGUCUUACCUGCAACCUGGUUCGCGACCCUUUCCAUCAUCAAAUCUGUGAACGAUCAUAGUGGAUAUCGGUUUCCCUACAAUCCUUUUGACUAUCUCUCGGCUAACACCACCGACUUCCACGAUGUGCAUCACCAGAGCUGGGGCUUAAAGUACAACUACUCGCAGAUCUACCUUACGAUUUGGGUGAGCCUCUCGCACAAGGUGCUCUCAUGA